AAUUGUCCUCUCAUUCAUUUAGGAAAAAGGGGCAAUUGGUGGGAGAGACCAUGGAAAUGGAGGGCACUCUUCCAAAAGGCAGAUGAAAGUGACAUCAAAAGCAGAGUGACAGGAACACAGAAUGAGGAACUGGAGGACCUAGAGCCAUCUGCCCCUCCCUUCCCACCUGAUGAAGCUCCUGAUGAGGAAGAAGAACUCAUAUGUGAUAUCCCGAACGAUGAACCUCUUGCACGGGUCCAGCAGGAGAUCCUAUCUGGAGCCCAACCCAGUGACUGGAAUGAAUAUGCAAAUAACCCUUACUCUGCCAUGUCUGAUGAAACUCCCAUAAAUGGACAGAAUGAGGGUUUGAGAGAGGAACUGGAGACCCUGGAAUCCAUUAGUCUAGUUCAAGCCAUCCCUGCUCACCUGAUGAACAUCAAGGUCAACAAUGAGGAUCCUGGAGACCAAGCCUUGAUUGAUGAGGAAAGUUGCAGCCACAGCCAAGUCAUUGAGAAGGCAGUAGCCGGAGCCAUAAUCUGGGAAUGCAUGGCCUUUGUGGAUACAUUGAGCUUCGUCCUCGGCCGAGACCUAGCAUUCCAGGUC